GGGAGGUCGGCUUCCGGUUCCUCGUUAGCCGUCUUGACGCAUUGGGUUGUAUGGUCGUAGUGGUUGACCACUUUUACAAUGGCUCGAAAUGCUGAGAAGGCAAUGACCGCUCUGGCAAGGUUUCGCCAGGCCCAGCUGGAAGAUGGAAAAGUUAAGGAGAGGAGACCAUUCCUUGCAUCAGAAUGUAAUGAUUUGCAUAAAGCAGAGAAAUGGAGAAGACAGAUAAUAAGUGAAAUUUCCAAAAAGGUAGCACAGAUACAAAAUGCUGGUUUGGGAGAAUUUCGGAUACGUGAUCUGAAUGAUGAAAUCAAUAAGUUGUUGCGAGAGAAGGGCCAUUGGGAAGUCAGAAUAAAGGAGUUAGGAGGUCCAGACUAUGGAAAAAUUGGACCAAAAAUGUUGGAUCACGAGGGAAAAGAAGUUCCAGGCAAUAGAGGAUACAAGUAUUUUGGAGCAGCUAAAGAUUUGCCAGGAGUCCGAGAACUGUUUGAAAAAGAACCACCUGCCCCACCACGGAAAACCCGUGCUGAGCUCAUGAAAGAUAUUGAUGCAGACUAUUACGGUUACAGAGAUGAAGAUGAUGGUGUCCUUCUACUCCUAGAACAAGAGCUUGAGAAACAAGUUAUAAUGGAAGCUGUACAAAAAUGGAAGGCAGAUAAAGAGGCCAGACUUGAGUAUGGAGGUGACAAAGAAGAGGAGGAGGAAGAAGUAAAUAUUUAUGCAGUGAAAGAUGAUGAGUCUGAUGAGGAAGGUGGGGAACAGCUGGAAGGAGAGGAAAACCAGCAAAAAUUUAUAGCUCAUGUUCCUGUACCAUCACAGAAAGAGAUUGAGGAGGCUCUUGUACGACGGAAGAAAAUGGAGCUCUUACAGAAAUAUGCCAGUGAAACUUUAAUGGCUCAAAGUGAAGAUGCAAAAAGGCUUCUUGGAUUGUAACAACACAAUAUUUGAUAGCCAAUACAAGGGUACUUAUUUUAUAUGAAACUAACAAUCUAGUUGUAGAUUUGUGCACCAAAUAAGACACCGAGCUCAAGUACAAUGUUGCACAAUGGCCAGAAAAGUCUAAUAUUGACAUCUAUGAUGGUGGAGAACCAGACAAUGCUUUAUGUAAAUAACAAACCUUUUUAAGUUAAUGUGAAUUGAAACUAUUUUUCAUUUCUAAUUUAAUAAAAUGAUCUUUUUUAGAUAA